AAUUUAAGCUAAAAACUUUUGACUACAAGUCCCAGACUACAGUGCGACUGUAUUUGGUGUUACAUAAAACUUGACAUUUCCUGUUCGUUUCCAAGGAUGGUGAAGGGAUGACCCGCCUCCUACUCUACCUCUGAUUGGCUCUGACCCUAAAACUCUAACCAAUCGCACGCCUCAUGCCUGGACCUAACCAACCCAACCAACGCAGGAAACAAUUUCUAGCCAAUCAGACGCGGGUCUUCGCGGAAUAUUCCGUCGCCGUCCUAGGAAACAAAAAAUAGCUCACUUUAACAGUCAGAUUAAGGUUCCCAUCUUGUAUCAGCAGCCUGUGUUUUCUUGUCAUGUUAUUCAACCAGCUGUUGACCUUUUCCAGUGACGGUUUCUACGAUAAUAGAGUUAAACUGUAUCCACAGCUGUAAGUCACUAAUAAGAGCUGUAUUUGUCCUGGUGUAGAUGAGACUACCAUGGCGGACCCUCACACUGCACACAGCACCUGUGAGGAGGACGUCCUCCGUCCCUGCAGGUGUGUUGAACUUCGUCCCGGCCUGCAGCAGCACCGACGGCCCCUCUGUGGAGCUGCUGCAGGACUUCGUGUCCCGGGCCAGACGCCUGUUUGUGAUCACCGGUGCAGGUCUCUCCACAGAGUCAGGGAUUCCUGACUACCGCUCAGAGGGUGUCGGGCUGUAUGCCCGCACUGACAGACGACCCAUGCAGCAUGCAGAGUUUGUCCGCAGCGCCAAGUCCCGUCAGCGGUACUGGGCCAGGAACUUCGUCGGAUGGCCUCAGUUCUCCUCCCACCAGCCAAACUCUGCACACAGGGUCCUGCAGCGGUGGGAGGCGAGAGGGAGGCUACACUGGCUGGUCACUCAAAAUGUGGACGCACUUCACUCAAAGGCAGGACAGAAAAGACUCACUGAGCUCCACGGCUGCGCCCACAGGGUGAUGUGUUUAGGCUGUGGCGGCAUCUCAGCGAGGGAGGAGCUCCAGAGGAGAUUUGAGGCUCUGAACCCAGACUGGAGAGCGCAGGCAGGAGCCGUGGCUCCGGACGGUGACGUCUUCUUAGAGGACGAGCAGGUCCUCCACUUCAGAGUUCCCGCCUGUGAGGACUGUGGCGGGAUACUGAAGCCUGAAGUCACGUUUUUUGGAGACACUGUGAAAAAAACGACAGUGCAGUUUGUGCACGACAGACUGGCAGAGUCUGACGCGGUGCUAGUCGUGGGGUCCUCGUUGCAGGUUUAUUCAGGAUACAGGUUCUUACUGGCAGCGAGCGAUAGGAAAAUGCCAGUUGCCAUCUUGAACAUCGGGUCCACGAGGGCGGACCACCUGGCCGAGCUGAAAGUGAGCGGCCGCUGCGGUGAAGUGCUGUCACUCAUUCAACCUCUCUGACCAUCAUGGACAUGGAGUUUGGAGAUUCUGUGUUCAGUUGGUCAAAAUGCUCUCAAAACUACCUCAGAUUUAAAUCCGUAACAGCGUCGUUGACUUCAGGAUUUCUGUCUCAGCUGUUUGACACAGGAGCCUCUAAUAUACUCACUUUAUUCUUUGUACCAGGGUACAUUUUGAGCAUCUACAGGUCUCUGCCGAGAGUUUUCUCUUUGCUCACUUCAUCUUUUGUAUACAGAACAAUUGAGAACUAAACUGACAAAUGUCCUCCAUUCAAGACAAUAUGACUUUCUUGAAAUUCCAACUUCUCUGCACCCAACUGGUAUCAGGAGAUCAAUAUUUUAGUCCAACAGUCAGACAUUUCCUAUUGGAUGUGUCAUUGCUGCUGUGGGUUUGGUAGAAUUUUUAGAUGUGAUAUAAUAUGCAGUUCACUGUCUUGACUGGAGGCCCUGAAAUGACAACUUCAAGCUUUAUGGUUUGUCUACCCAGACUCAUUCACAAUGUACUGAUGCUGCUUUUAUUUAAGUUAGAUGCCAGAGCUACAAGAGACAUCGUUUUGUAAAAUGAGCUUAAGAUGUCUUCUGUUUUUGUGAGACAAAGUAAUAAGAUGUCCAUGGAAGCACCAGCUGUUACUGUGUUUAGGUGAAAACCAUGUGAUUUUCACAGCAGACAGUUUGACUUUGUCAUAACAGUAGAAGCACAGGUGUCACUAAUAACAUUAACGAUGGCUUUGUUGUAUUCAAGCGUUCCAAUAACAGUUCCUGACAGUGUGACAGUGAGCCAGCACACUCAAUACCACGACCCUGAAACCACAACAGCUCAGUGGAGUUACACCUGUGUUUUUCCUACUGUGACAUGUCAACAUGUCUUCUGUGAAAAAGCGACUUUAAGGCCGUGGAAACUAACUCAAGACGAUACAAAAUGUUCUGCAAUCAGCUGGUUUUCAAAGGAUUUGAAUCAUAAUAUUCAGUGCAUUUGGUGCUAAGACUGUUGGUGAGAUUGAUAAAUGUUAAUUUCUAAUGCAGUUAAUAGACGGUUCUGUUUGUCAUGUGAUGUUCAGCAAACAUCUUGUUUGACCUAAAACUGAUGCAAAUGUUUAUAUUUGAAAUAUCAUGAUGAAAAUGAGAUAUUUCCUGAUGUUUUUUUUUUCAACGGUUACAUGUCAGGAAGGAUAUCUUAUAAGUGAACCUCACAAAUUUGUUUCAAUAAAUGAAAAUGUAACCAAAUCUUGCAAUAUUCACAUUCUGAAACAUCAUCACUAUUUGGAAUGAAAUAAUAAAAUGAUGAUAAAUGGUCCCAAUACCUUUUAUUAUCAAUUGGUCUCAAACUAACGAUGAUUCAGAUAAUAAAUCUAAGUUGAAGAUUUCUUUACCCUGCAGCUUGAAGGUGUUCUUUGCUUUAUUAACCUGUACAAUAUUCCUUUCUUAAAGCAGAAAAUGUGACUUAUCAUAUCAGGAAAAACAGUUGGAGCUAAUAUAUAAUAACAUGAACAACAUCUCAGUUCCACUGAAGUGUCUCAGUGCAUCAGUAAACCAGCAGAACUGGAGUUAACUGUUAACUGCCAGAAAUAAACAGAAAACAGCUGAGAUUUGUCAUUAAUUACACCUGUGUUUUUCCUGCUAUAACAUAUAAAAAACCCUACCAGGAAAAAUUUCUACUUUUGAUGUUUUCCUUUGGUCUGUAUGUUGGUCAGAAGAAACUGAGGUCUAAUUUAUAUGCAUUACAAACCUCCUUAGAGCUAAAUUGGCACAUUAAAUGAAAGACUUAAGUUGAUCAGAAACACAGUGCUCAAAUUGAUCUGUUUUGUGAGGCUUUUUAAAAUGAUUUUUAAAAAAUAUUUCACUGCUCCUAUUUUUGAUAAGGGCAUGAUAAUAAGUUUUUGUGUAUUAAAGUUUAUAUCUUCCUUGA